UCAGAUUUUCGACCGCAGAACAAUCAAAUACAGUAGCGUACUGUUGCUGUUUCGCAGCUCUAAAAUGUGAGUUAAAUGUGUUUAAAGACAGAACAAGUCCAUGGGUAUAUUUAGCAAUAUCAAAGGGUGUACUAAACAUUUGUAAUCGAGUAGAAAUCACACCCGAAUUUAUCAGAGAAUGUGUGAUAUGAUAGUAUGUAGCUAACACUGGCUAGCCAUACAACAAUUAAUUUGGAGGGCUUCUCGUCUUGUGUCUUCAGCUCCAAUGAUUUGUGCAUGAAAGAAUAAGUAACUAUGUCUCGAGUUACCAAGAAAGCGUCAUCUGUCUGUACAGACAGCCCACUGAGUAUAAGUGAAGUCUGUCGGAAGAUGACACUGAUGAGGCAGAUCCUCACCUCUUGUUUCGGACCCAAUGGCAGACUGAAGCAAGUCCAUAACAACGUUGGUGGACACGUCCUGACCACCUCCACCUCUACAUCCCUACUUCAAGCUGUUUCCUCAUCGGAGCCGUUACUCAAACUUAUAACUGCCUCCAUCCUAAACCACCUGUCUCGGUUCAGUGACUGUGGUCUGUACACUGGCAUCCUCUGUUUUUCCCUCAUUGACCAUGUUCAGAAGUCAGGCUUGAGACCAAGUGUUGCGAUCAAAAUCAACAAACAACUAUUGGAGGUUUGCACCAGUUUCCUCAACCAGGAGGACUGUGGCUGUAAAGUGAAUGUCGAUUUCAACAGCUGCCAGAGCUUGGUGACACUAGCCAGGAGUGUCAUCUCUAGCAAACCUGCCUGUGUGUUGACUGAGGGUGAACAACAGCAUAUCAGCACGUUGGCUGUCCAUGCCUUUCUACUGACUGUCCCCUGUGGUGACACCCCGGGCUCCCCAGACAGAGUCCGUCUUGGUAGGACUGUGACUGUCUCCAUCGAGGGACAGUUUGUGCUAGAUUCUGCAGUGUUUCCAGGUCUGCUGGUGAAUGUCCCAGACAUGCAGCUUCAACCCACAGACUCGGAGAGAACCAGACGGGGGCCCGGGCCCUUCCGACUAGCCCUGUUCACGGUGUCUCUCUCAGGGGAUCUAUCUGAGUUCGGAGAGGGGUCCCUGGAGGUGCACAGUGGAGCCCCUGACCCAGAAGACCUAAUCCUGGAUGAGUUACUGAAGCUGGGAGAGCAGGCAGUUACAGACCAGGUGGAGGUGUUUAUGUGUCAGAGAGUAAUACACCCUGUACUGCAGCAUUACCUCCGGAGGCACGGGGUCUUGGUCGUAGAGAGACUCGGCAUUGCACUCAUCCAGCCCAUUGUUCAAAUGACAGGUGCUCAAGCAGUGGCAUUGUACCAGACCCCUAUCCCUCCUGAGGCCUAUGGCCAGGUGAAAGGCUGCUGUGUCAGGACCGUUGGAUCCAGAGAGAUGCUGCAUCUCCUUCCACCUCGGGAACCAGCACCAGCUGUAUGCACUAUGGUCCUCUGCCACAGGAACGACACCAUGCUCAACGAACUGAAGGCUGCGUGUCAGAGGGCAGAGCAUGUGUUGAGGCUGACCCUGAGAGACCCAGUAGCUCUGCUGGGAGGAGGAUGCACUGAGACACACAUGGCAGCCUACAUCAGUAACAAGGGCACUACUGAAGCAACGGAGGCAGCGUUAUCCCUGGGAGUCUCCCAGUCUCAGUACCUACUGGGACUGAACGGGUUCUGCUCCUCCCUGGAGGCUGUAGCCUUGGCCCUGGUGCACGAUGGAGAAACCGGCCUCGUAGACCUCAGCUACGCCCACCACUGGUCUGUGCCCCAGGGAGAGGCUAUUCAUUCGGGUACUGUGCUCCAGGGAGAGGCUAUUCAUUCGGGUACUGUGCCCCAGGGAGAGGCACUCCAGCGGGGUGAUGGAGAUGAGGUUCCAGCCACCUGUGGCUGUGGCCUGGUGGAGAGGAGCGCCAGGCCUGGGCUGGAGUGGACCCCCCUCAACACCAGGUACCCUUCACGUCCUGCCCCCCUGGUUGUGGGUAAGGCCACUCCCCCUCAGCUCAGGGUGCUGGACUCCUUCACAGCCAAACUCAAUGCUCUGCAGGUUGCCGUGGAAAUGGCUAAUCUGGUACUGGACAUUAGAUACGUCAUCCAAGAUGUCAACUGACACCAACAUCUCAAUUCAAUUCAAAGGGGCUUUAUUAGCAUGGAAUGUGUUUACAUUGAAAUAAACUGUAAACAAAACAA